CUGGUUUUGUAGCCACAUAGGCGCACCUCAACAAAGGACGAUGCAAAGGACAGUGCAAUGUUGGGCGUCAAUCUAAUCGACCUGCACCAACAUUGAUGUUUGGGUGUGCACAAACCCUCAAAAAGCUGCUCCUGUGCAAGCACCGGAGGAUGGCGGCAACGUUGAGGGCAGCUGCCCUGGACCUGACCAAAUGCAGACUUUCCUCGACCGCAAGCAAGUGCCAGCCACAAGAAUGUUCUGCGGGCACCUUGUACAUCGCAAGAACUAACAGCCCUUCCUUUGGGGGGUCCGUAGAAAAGCAACCUCCGAUAUCGUUGAGGACGAACUAUAGCACGUUCUCCAAUCUUGGCAGCCACUCCACUUCGAAUAGACUGUGCCAGCAGAGUGCUGUGAGUAGCAAGAGCAACAGGAGCUAUGGCACAACGAUGGGCGUGGCGGCGCUUGAGGAAACAAUAGUUUCAGACGAGAAGCUGGACGUGUAUAAGAGAAAUGCUGCGUCUUUGGCAACAGAAGAGCCUUCCACCUCAGGCAGGGAGGCAUCAGCGGGCCUGGAAGUCAAGCAAAAGCCUCUGCGCCUGGUGAAGCACGACGUCUUUCAGCACCUGCCCCAAGUCCCCGCUGCAGAGGAGCUUGUCGUCUCUGCCUUGAAGAGGGCCUACCGGGUGCAGGCAACCAAAGGCAUCCAGAACGCCGCCAAGCGCGCCAAGAACCAGGCCGCCAAGCAGUUAGACGCACUGACAAAGGAGCUUACUGUCCCCCUCGGGCACUGGCUCAAGCGCUUCCCCGAUGCUGCGAAGCUGCACCCCUUUGAGCGCAGCCUGCUCGUGCUUACGCUCGGGGACGGCACCUAUGAGACCUCGCUGGCCCGUGUGAACGCUCUCCGGAAGAAACUGCUUGAAAUCGGGAAGCAGCAUGCGGCGGCAUGUGCAAAGGCGACAAAUGUGAAGGAAGCCGACGAGAGGCGACAAGAGGGCUUUGAGCACCUCGAAAGCAUAUUUCGGAAGCAGGGCCGGAGCGUAGACGACUUGAAGGAAGUCGCGAAGACUCUGAGGAGGCUCCCGGUUGUUGACCCCCGGGUGCCGACGCUGUGCCUAGUGGGCGCCCCCAACGUGGGCAAGUCGAGCCUGGUACGGGUCCUAUCGUCUGGCAAGCCGGAAGUGUGCAACUAUCCGUUUACAACACGUGGCAUCUCGAUGGGGCACUUCUUCGUUGACACACGCCGGCACCAGGUGACCGACACGCCGGGGCUGCUCUUCCGGCCGGAUGAGGACCGGAACCGGAUCGAGAAGCUGGCCCUGGCGGCUCUGACGCACCUGCCCACGGCCGUCCUCUUUGUCCACGACCUCACGGAGGACUGCGGCACCUCCGUCGAGGACCAGAAACUGUUGUACGAGGAGCUGCGGGGCCGCUUCGGCGACCGGCCCUGGAUCGACGUCGUGUCCAAGGGGGACUUGCUGCCGGAGUUCCCAUUGGGUGUCGACGAAGCGGGGGACGACGGCGUCGAAAGUUACCGAGUGCGAGGGCCCAGCGGGGCGCUUCGAUGUUCGAUCGAAACUGAGGAGGGCUUAGAUCACCUCAAAGGAAAGGUCGUCGACAUGCUCAAGACCCACAUUUUGGGUGACCGGGUGACGCACCCCGACGACAUUUACGCUGAGGACGAAGAGGACGAAGGCGACCGGAACGAAGACGAAGCGAGGGGGACCACUGCGUAUACGGACGCAGAGGUCAAGAACACUAGCAGAGACUUUUACUCCCCCCCAUUCAACCCCGGGGUGAAUAUGAACCACAGACAUUAGCUACAUUUGCGCUAUUGUGGUGGUGCCCGAAAACGGAAUUAGGACGGAAGAUUCGACUGUAGUGCGCCUGCUUUUCCACGUCAACGAGCUGCAAGCUGGUGCGUAUAUGUGCGCAUAUGCGCUGGAACUUCUAACACAAUUUGUUCGACCGCAUUAUACUGUUGAAGGAUUGAGAAUGAGCAAACCGUAUGUUGGGCCAUACUUAUGCCA